AUGGGAAAGGCCUCUAAUCAUCUAUUUGACGUCGAGUUCUCAACUUUAAAGAACUUCGAAUUUUACGACAUCAACGACAAUCACGUUAGUGUGGAUCUCAACGAUCUGAGGUCUGUAAAAUCUAUUCCUUACGGAUUCUGGACCGGUAACAAUCAGUUCCAAGCAGCUACGGGAGUCAAUUUUGAAGAGAAUUACAUCCUCUACUGGAGCUUCAAUACAAACAAAACUGUCACUUUUCUGAACACAUCUGAUUUUGCAUCCUUCAUACCUAGAGAUAUCAAGAACCCAAACGCCAGACUGACUACCGGUAAUACGACAACUUGCGUUGUCCUCCUCCUUGUGGUGGUGGCAGCAUCACUUGUUCGGUUGAAGAGAAAGCAAUAUAGAAAUCUUAUUGAAGAAUGGCAGAUGGAGUAUUGGCCUCACAAGUUUCAAUAUAAGGACCUACAUAUUGCAACAAAGGGCUUCGGAGAGACGCAACUUUUGGGAUGCGGAGGCUUUAGCCAGGUUUACAAAGAAGUCCUUCCCUCAAACGGCCUCCAGGUGGCAGUGAAACGUAUUCUGAGAGAAACAUAUGAUGGGGUUAAGGACUUCAUAGCUGAGAUCUCUAGUCUUGGUCACCUUUAA